UUCCCUCUCUCUUCCCCUCUCACACUCUACCCUAAGUAUUUGUAAAGGCAGUCGGUGGCGCCGCCGCAGCACGUGGUGGUUCUGACAGUUAUCAACGAUGAUGAAGAUGGGAGAAGUUUGUAAAGUGGUUGAGGGGUUGAAGCCGGUGAUGCUAAUGGUGGUUCUUCAGCUGACAUACGCCGGCAUCAAUGUUCUGUACAAGCUUGCCGUCAACGACGGCAUGAACCUCAGAAUCGUCAUUGCUUAUCGCUAUAUGUUCGCCACUGUUUUCAUCGCUCCUCUCGCUUUCUUUCUCGAAAGGAACAAAAGACCAAAGAUGACUUGGAGCAUGAUGUUUCAGGCAUUUCUAUGCGGGUUAUUUGGGGGAGUUAUGUCACAAAACUUAUACUUGGAAUCAUUGGCUUUAACUUCUGCAACAUUUGCUUCGACAAUGGCCAAUCUUACUCCAGCCAUUACCUUUCUCAUGGCUGCCUCCUUCGGAUUGGAGAGGCUGAGUUUAAGAACAGUAGCAGGACAAGGGAAGAUGAUUGGAACACUAGUGGCAAUUGGAGGGGCCAUGGUUCUAACAUUCUUCAAAGGCACAAAAAUAAAGACGGGCUCCUUCCACGUCACCCUCAUGCAUUAUCGUGAGGGACACGCGGCAUCAUCACUGGCUCCCUCUGGUAUUAAGGCUCUCUUGAGUGCCCUUUGUUCUCUUGGAAGCAGUGCCACUUAUGCUUUAUGGCUUAUCAUUCAGGCUAAGAUGAGCAAGACUUACCCAUGUUAUUACUCAAGCACAGCUCUAAUGAGUUUCAUGGCAGCAAUCUUAUCAACUGCGUUCGCUUUUGCUUUCGAGAGUGACUUGAAUCAAUGGAAGUUUGGUUGGGAUGUUAGGCUUCUUACGGUGGCCUAUGCGGGAAUUAUCGUCUCUGGAAUAAUGGUGGUGGUAAUGGCAUGGUGUGUGGACAUGAAAGGCCCUCUUUAUGUGGCCGCUUUUAAUCCUCUUCUCCUUGUCUUUGUGGCUCUAGCUGGUUCCUUUAUGUUGGAUGAGAAUCUAUAUCUUGGAAGCAUAAUAGGAGGGUUGUUAAUAGUGUGUGGACUAUAUAUGGUUCUAUGGGGAAAAGACAAAGAGAUGAAGAACAUGAAACAACUUAUUCCAUCACACAGUAGCCUUCCUGAAAUCCUUGUGAGAUCAUCAACAGAUGAUAAAAGCAACCCUAGUAGCAACAAUCCUGAGGUUGAAUUGGUUAAUGAUCGUGAUAAUUCAAACAUUCAUCAAAAAUUGCCAGUGAAGUAGUAUAAUGCAAUAUAAUGGCUUGAUGAAUAUAAAAGGUAUUGAACCCACAUGAUGAAGCCGCCUAUGUGAUCCUUUUACAAAGGCCUCCGCUCUUUUUUGGUUGUUUAGAGAGGGGUAAAAGAAAAUGGUGUUUGGAGUAUAUGCGAAAAGCUUGAUCAAUUAUGUUGAUUUGUGAUCCUAAAUAUGGAAGGAACUUAAUUAUAUAUGCUGCGAUCUAUAUGCAAAGAUCCAGAAAUAAUAACAAUUUAUCUCUGAGCGUAAAUUGAUUAAUUAUUUAUUGAAAAGCACGGUCAGUUAUGCCAAAUUUUCAUCUCAAACAAGGGAUUCAAUGUUUUGACGUGUACCCACUAAACAAUAUACUCAUAUUUCAAAUGUUAGAGAGGGAAUCUUGUAACACAAGAAAAGAUAAUCAUUAAAGCUGCACUUGAAUUUAGUGUCA